UGAUCCAACUCCUCUUACUUGAAAUGGCCGCUUUGGGAUUCGAGAACUACAACUACAACUCGAUCAUGCGACCUCAGAGUGCAGCAUUAGUACUCGUACUGGUGUUAAUGUUAACAACAACAACAGUUAAAGUCGUGAACGGAGGAGCAGUCGACGAAUGUGCGCAGCAGCUAGCAGGGAUGGCGACGUGUCUCCCUUACGUCGGGGGUGAAGCCAUGGCUCCGACACCCGACUGUUGCAGUGGUCUGAAACAAGUCCUCAACAAAAAUAAGAAGUGCCUCUGUGUUAUCAUUCAAGAUCGCAACGACCCUGACUUGGGCCUGCAGAUAAAUGUCACUCUUGCUCUGGGCCUGCCUUCCGUCUGCCAUGCUGCCGCUAACAUCUCCAAGUGUCCGGAACUUCUGCACUUGGAUCCCAAAUCACCCGAAGCUCAAGUGUUCUAUCAGUUACAGAACAACUCUACUCAAGCUGCUGCCAAUAGUCCUGCUCCAACCCCAAGUCCGGCUGAAGGUCCAAUGAGUGGAUUGAGUGGUAUAAGUUCGAGCAGCGGGGCAGCUCGAGAGAGUGGCGGCAUGGUUAUGGUUGGAGAGAGUUCCAUUUCUUGGUGCUUCACCUUAAUGUUAUGCAGUUUUGCUCAUGUUCAUCUAGAUGUUCAAAGAGUAAUAGAAAAAUAAAGAAAACGAAAUUAUAUCAUGA